GAAAGUCCAGGGCUGGGACUUCCUCCUCGGGGUGUUUGACAAGGACUGACGUACUCUAGGCCCUUUGAAUCCCGGAAGUCCAGGACAAACCCAACCUCGAUUGCAGCAUUCCAAAUGCUGGAGAGUAGGUAAAAGGACGGAAGCAGAGAACAUUUCAACAUGAGGGACCCAUUGACAGAUUGUUCGUAUAACAAAGUAUACAAGAACCUAAAGGAGUUUUCUCAAAAUGGAGAGAAUUUCUGCAAGCAGAUCACAUCCGUUCUUCAGCAAAGGGCAAACCUGGAAAUUAGCUAUGCCAAAGGACUUCAGAAACUGGCAAACAAGCUGAGCAAAGCGUUAGAGAGCACAAAGAAAAACUGCCUCGUCAGUGCCUGGGCCUGGGUCUCGGAGGGCAUGAAAUCUGCUGCGGACCUGCAUCAAAAACUUGGCAAAGCAAUUGAGUUGGAAGCGAUAAAACCAACUCAUCAAAUCCUGAGUGUACACGAGAAGAAGAGAAAAUCACUUGAUAAUGAAAUUGAAAAGACAGCAAAUCUUGUCAUUAGCAACUGGAAUCAACAAAUUAAGGCCAAGAAGAAAUUAAUGGUGAGUACCAAGAAGCACGAAGCCCUUUUCCAUCUUGUAGAAAGCUCCAAGCAAACCGUAACGGAAAAGGAGAAGCAGAAGCUCCUCAAUAAACUGAAAAAAUCGACUGAGAAGUUGACAAAAGAAGAUGAAAAUUACUACGAAAAAAACAUGGCCAGCUGUUCUACCAGACUGAAAUGGGAGAACACACUAGAAAGCUGCUACCAGAGCAUCCUGGAGCUGGAGAAGGAAAGAAUUCAACUUUUAUGCAAUAACUUAAACCAGUACAACCAACAUAUUUCUUUUUUUGGCCAAACUCUGACCACAUACCACACGCAGAUUCACUGUGCCAUCAGCAAGAUAGAUAUCGAAAAAGAUAUCCAGGCUCUCGUGGAAGAAACCGCAGUCUCAUCUACAGAAAAUAAAUCUGAGUUCCUGUUAACUGAUUACUUUGAAGAAGAUCCUAACAAUGCAAUGAAUAAAGAGCGACAAGAGUCUUCAAUAAAAUCAAAACUGUUGAGACUACAAAGAGAUAUUGAAAAAGCCUCGAGAGACCAGGAAGGCCUGGGACGGAUGCUGAGAGCAUACUCCAGCGACUCCUCCUUCUCAGAUGCAGAAAGCCAGAAAACCACAACAGCCUUAAUGGACGAGACAAAUUUGAAACUAGACCUUUUGCAAGCAAACUCCUAUAAACUGUCGUCAGUGUUAGCAGAACUUGAGAAAAGACCUCAACCCAGCCAUCCCUGUAGUAAUUCCAUCUUCAAGUGGAAAGAAAAGCAGACACACAGUUAUGUAAAAAUAUCUCGGCCUUUUCUGAUGAAGAGAUUAGAGAAUGUCGUGAGCAGGGCCUCUUCUGAGGAGCAGAGAAUUCCAAGUUCUUCAUCUACAGCCUCCCGUGUGGCCCAGGUCGGCAAUGGUCUUUGCAAGGCCUUAUAUUCUUUUCAAGCCAGGCAAGAUGAUGAAUUGAAUUUGGAAAAAGGCGACAUUGUGACUAUAUACAAGAAAAAAGAAGAAGGAUGGUGGUUUGGAUCUUUAAAAGGAAAAAAAGGCCAUUUUCCUGCCACUUAUGUAGAGGAGCUCCCUUCAAAUGCUGAUAAUACGGCUUCUCAGGUGUAAAACAAGAUUCUGAAUGUACCACCUUACUCUGUAAACUGUAUAAUGUGCAAAUAAAGAUAAAUGCUGUGAUCUU